AUGCCGAACCAAACUCUAAGUUACGCCGCACGUGAUGACCCGACCCAGCAGCGGCCAGUGACCCGAAACCUUGCGGAAUCGUUCUGUAUUGCCAGCCCUCGUGGGCUACUAGCAGUAUUACAUGCAUACAAUCCACGGGCACCAGCGUCAUUAGCACAAACGCCAGGCCCCUUUGCCGCCAACUACGGCAAGCGCGCCGUCUUUCAAAAAGGACCCAUCAAGUUUAUAUUACGCGCGCGGAAAAAAACAGUCGUUAGUCCAAACACCAAAAAAGCCAUAUGCCGUGACCACGCCUUACUACUCUAA